AUGGCAACGGCUAUUGCGAGGGCGGCUCCUCUGGUGGCGCCGCCAAGGCGAACGGGCGCAGUGGGCGGAGGGGCGGCGGCGGUGACGGUGGUGAGGGUGGCGAGGUGGGGCGGCGCGGGGCGGCAGCGCGGCGGCGCGAGGCGAUUGGCGGCGACGGGGCCGGCGACGCCUCCGGAGAUAUCGGAGAAGGUGCAGGAGAGCAUCGAGAAAGCGAUGGAGACGUGCGCGGGGGACCCGGUGAGCGGGGAGUGCAUAGCGGCGUGGGACGAGGUGGAGGAGCUGAGCGCCGCCGCGAGCCACGCCCGCGAGAAGGCCAAGGCCACCGACCCCCUCGAGGAGUACUGCAAGGACAACCCGGAGACCGACGAGUGCCGCACCUACGAAGACUGA